AGUCGACUUAUUGAUAACAAACUGGAAAUACCAGUAUGACGUCUUCGCACAAAAACCAAAAGAUUAAAUAUAGUGCCUUUUAUAUUCAAGUUAAUCAAUUACGUGUUCUUUGAGUUAGUGAGAUACUAAAAUGUUUAUUCAUGUCUUUUUCUUCUUAUUUAUCUCCAAUCUCUUCUACGUUACUUUGGAAGAAAGUGGCACUGAAUUUCUAUCUCCGGUUUUGAAUACUAAUAAAAGAACCCUUAAUUGGUUUUCAUUUGCAGGAAAAACGUAUUAUGUGGAUACUGUAUUUAAGGCAAACUUUUACAAAUCUCUGCAAUUCUGUAGACAACAAGGAAUGCAUCUUCUCAGUAUAAAUAGUCAACAAGAAAACGAUAGAAUUGGGAAGUUCAUCCAAGAUAAUGACGGAGCUUCUGUAUUCCCAAGUCCAAGUCUCCAUCCGGCCCAUUCAUUGAGGAAACGCGUGAUCGCUGCUCGGACUUCAUCGUCUUUAGCUUGUGAAGGAGGUGAUAACCGCUUAGGCUAUGGCCACUACUGGACAUCAGCAACGAAUCUCGUUGGCGAUAAUGAGUGGGUUUGGUUGUCUACGGGUCAAAAUAUGAGAUACGCCAAUUGGUAUCCUGGUGAACCCAGUGGAAAAAAUUCUCAGAACGGUUCUGAGAAUUGCGUUGAAGCUCGCCAUUGGGCCCAUCCCAGUGGAUUCACAUGGAAUGAUAUAGACUGUUUAACUGAAAGAUAUUUCAUUUGUGAAUCGAUAGAGGAUUGUUCUUCUAACGGUCCACACCCUCGUAAGAAAUAAUUGUUCUCAUAAAAUAAUUAAAUACACAUACAAUAAUGAAAUUCCAGAAUCAAUAAAAUAAGUGUGUGAUAAGGUAUGAGAAUUUAGAUAAUGAUAAAUUUAAAAGAACAUACAACAGGAAACUUUGGUAUUGAUUCUAUGAGAAAUUAAAUACCUUUCCUCGAACCGGGUUUAUUUGACGAUUUGUCAUUGCAUAAGAGAUUGGAACAUUGGUUUAUGCUUGAUGGAGCACCAUUUCAUUUAAGUGUUAGGUUAGGUUAGGUUAGAAAAUAAUUGUCCUCAAGAUUAGCCUCCCCGCUCACCGUACUUCAAAAAAUGUUAUUACUUUUACGUUAUUACUAUUGUUUUGUUGAAUCUGAUAUAGAAUUCAUACUGUACACUACGUUCAAUGUCUUUCUUUUCAAAUCAACUGAUAAUACAAGAUGGAAAUAAGUUUUUGAAUCAAAUUACUAUUAUUAUUAUGAUAAAUUAAACAUGGCAUAAAAUAGUGUUAAAAGUAAGUAGCGAGUGGAGAUGAACACAAUUAAAUCACUUUUAACACGUAUAUCAUACACAAUUUUUUAUAAAACUCUUACAAAGGAAAUAAAAUAUGUUUACUCCUAUCAAAAUCUUCAUAGUUACGAGGUUUAUUAGUAAAGAGUUGUUGAUGUGAGAUAUUUAAUUAUAAUUUACUAAAAUUAACUAAAUGAAAAAUACGGAAUUCGACUCAAUAUUACUUUAGGUCAAACAAUUAUCAAUAACGAAAUUUGAAUAUGUUAUCCUUAUCUAUUUUUUUCUAAAUAAUAUCAGAGUGUCAUGACAACAUUAAAAUAUUUAUUUAAAUUUGUAGAAAGUCAAUAUUUUUUGGUGUGUUUUCAUUGAUAAUUUUUAUUGUAUUGUAACAACAAAGAAGAAUAUUGAAAAAAUUGAAACUGAAACUGACCGUGUGUGUGUGUGUGCCGAAUUCGACACCGAAGCUGACAUUGCCAUUCCAUUGAACAUCGAACAGGCAGCAAACUGAGCGAAAUUGGAUCUGCUGCCUCAAAAAUCAAAAAACCAUAUGAUAUUACACAAAAUAUAUUAAUACAAUAUAAUGUGAAUCGAAGAGAACUUAGUGCUACUAUAUUUUUGGCUUUUUUAGAUGAAAAAUAGAAGGUGUGGAAACAUUCAACAAUGUGGUCCAAUCAUUUCAUAAUAAAAGCCAGUUUGCUGAUAAAGUAUAAUGUAGACAUCAGCAAAUAUCACAAAUCAAUUGCAUUUCUGAAGCAAGAAAAUGUGGGGUACCGUAGUUUGGGACUAAAUUCAUUAUCAUAAUUUUUGUUUAGGUAAUAUGUAAAACUCUAAAUGUAAGUAGGAUUUUUUCUAAAAAAAUAUAGAGGUUUUGAAAACCUCAAUUUUAAAAUUAUCUGCAAUUUCUUUUGAAAAUACUAAAGUGGGGCUGAUCAAAUUCAAACUUGAUUUGAGGCGAAUUCGAUGAUAUCUUUCAUGUUGCUGCAAUCAGACCAUGUAAAAUAAUAAAUUUGACUCCGGUCUAAAUAUUCUCGUCACUUUUAACGUUAUUCGUUCUCAAAUAUCUCAGGAUCACUUUUCAAUACUUUGUACUUCAGCCAAAAAAAUUAAGUUUAUAAACUGAAAGAAAUCUACAAUAAUUUUUAUAUUCAGGUUAUAACCAGCUUUUUUAUACAAACGUAUUUCACAGAUAUAUCUCCAUCCUGCCACAACAUCCAUGCUAAAAUGAACUGAUAUCCUUUUAGGCCAUUGUCAGUCCACUGGUCCCAGAUUUUUUCGCAUUUGUGAUUAAUGUAAGGAGGCAGCAGCACUCUCGACACAUAAUGGAUUUAGCACUUUUUGUAAAAUUACAGACUCUCUCCGGAUAUUUUAUUCCCCGUAUAAACAAUAUUUUGUUAUUUCCUGGAUAAUCUUGAACGUUUAUUCGAUCAUAGUUAAAAAUAUAGCAUGCAGGUAUAUCUUGCAAUGUCUCUCGCGCAUUGUUAAAAAUUUCGUUUUGGUUUGUGAGGAAACAGAAGCCCGAGUGCGUUUUAUAUUUGCGGCCACCUUCUUCACAACUGCACCCUUUCUUCGUUGAUUUUAAAAUAGGUUAGACCUCCAUUUUAUCUAAAAUGUUGACCGUGGUAGUUAUUUAGCCUCUCAUAAGGGAUGUCACAGUCUCGAGCAGCCCUCUGUAGACUCAAUCCUUCAUCAGUAACUUUUGCUAGUGCUUGUUCAACUGGUAUCCUAACUGUAGACUUCAUACCUUCCUUUUAUGCACUAAUACAAUUUUCGAUUAGUCUGAAAGAAGGAGAAGAUAUAGAAGAAAUAAAUUUAGCAACAAGGAUGUGAUCGAUUUGUCCCUAGCCGUUAAAUAUUGAAUUUCCUGCGCGGCUAUAAUAUCUGCUGAAUAUUUUACUUACCAGUGAAAGUUUGCAGAGGUACUGAAUCUUUGAUAAUAGCUCAUUAAUUUCAAAAGUGUUUUUACCAAAAAACUAGAUGAAAAAUGGCACACGUCACCAUAUACGUAUCGAGAUAAAAGCUGGACAAGACUAAGAGAAAAAGAUCGCUGCAAGUGGUAUUUUAAAAUGUAACGAAAUGAUCUAAUUAUCAAUUUCGUACCCGGUUAUCAAUUUCGCCUCAAAUUACGGUUCCGUCCGAAGAAAUCGAAAAUUCUGACAAAAGAACAAAUCAAUACAUUUUGAAAUGAAGCCAGAUACCGAUUAUUUGAUGAUGGAAAUGGCAAUAAUUAUUGGUGUAUUCGGUACAUGUCGCCGUGAAGAGCUAAGCAGAUUGGAGUCAGAUGAAAUAAAAGAAUUAGAAAAUUCGUUGUUAAUACAUAUUCCGGGUACGAAAAUCAACGUUCAGUGUAGUUUUUCUAUCUCUUCAAACUACUUCAGUUAUUACCACAAAUAUAUUGCAUUACGUUCUCCUAGUACUUCUCAUCGACGAUUACGCUACUGCUAUUUUUGAUUUAUUUCUGUAAAUUGUUAGUUUUUGACAAGAUUUUUUAUAUAGAGGCUAUAUAGAGGGUAUAUAGUAUAUACAAAUGAAAUUAUUUUCUUUUAAACUUAACGAGUGUUCAUUAUGUGGUGAAGCUUCGACUAGUUGUUUUUUUUAAAUUAAGAUGUGUAUCCAGCAUUCACUCACUAUUGUAUUUAUAUUAAAACGGACAUUAUAAUUCUUUCA